GUCCCGAGGACCUGAUUAUCAUCAAAGCAAAACUAGAAGCUGAACUUACGGUCGUGACUGUUACUGUAGUUUUAUUUUACCAAAAAAGACGAAGUAGAUAAAAUACAGUUACUGCAAACAUGUCGUCAGAGGAAUUCGAGAAGUUGCACGAAAUCUACAAAUCACUGUAUGAGGAGCUGAAGCUGAUGCCGGAGAGAGCCGGGAAAUGUCACGGAGAGGAGAGGAAGAGGUUGGUGAGGACUUUCGAUGAGAGACAGGGAGAAGCUGAGGAAGUGUUACAAGGAAUGGAAGAAGAGCUACGUGCUGCCCCUUCCUCCUUCAGAAAUGCAAUGAGUACAAAGGUGCGCAUGUACCACCGGGAUUUGGGCAAGCUGCAGAGGGACAUGAAAACCUCUGCUCCAGGCUUUGGUUCCUCCUCUCAGACAGCGGACAGAAGUCAUCUUGGCAUCUAUUCAUCACAAAACCAACAGAGUACACACCUUCAGUCCCAGAGAGCCUUGCUUCUUCAGGGCACAGACUCUUUGAACAAUGCCAGCCAGAGUAUUGAGCGAAGUCAGCGCAUCGCCGCAGAGACGGAUCAGAUCGGCACAGAUAUCAUUGAGGAACUGGGAGAGCAGAGGGAGCAGCUGGACCGCACCAGAAACAGAUUGACGAAUACUGGAGAGAACCUUAGUCGAAGUAGAAAAAUUCUUCGUGCCAUGUCACGGCGGCUGGUGACGAACAAGUUGCUGUUAGGUAUCAUCAUCAUAAUGGAGCUGGCCAUUCUAGGUGCAGUGGUUUAUCUGAAGUUCUUCCGAUGAUGAGCAAACUACACCGUCUAAAAACAUUCUAAGCUUUGGAUCCAGGGCAAACCCAGACUCUAUACAUCUGUCUCCACUGACUAUCCAGUAGCAAUAAUGCUCCUCUGCUGUAUCCAGCCAACUGUUUCUGUGAGUGCAAAUAAGGACAAUGGGAUGAUUCAGUCUUAAGGGGAACCUUCACUAAGAGGGGAUUCUGUCCAUCGGCAGGUGGAGUUCAUCUGACAAGGAUGUCGAAUUGUUAAACCUGCUAAUGGACCAAACCUUCAGAAACUCUGUGGACAAACUGUGACCUGAAAUUUGCACUUUCUUUUAUCAGACUGUUAUUAUUACUGAUUCCCUGCAGGAUGAUUUUCUGGACUUGUGUUCUGGCUGCUACAGACUCCAGAGAUGAUGUAGGAUUUAUUCAAGCCUGAGUACGAUCGACUUACUCCCACGUGUAGAUUCUGUGGUGACUGUACUUUUGAGAUGUUACUGAUAGCAGUACUGGGACAUUUAUAACUGAUCAGAUUAGAAUAUUUUAGCUCAAAACAAUUGUGUUGUGCCAUCGUCUGUAUAAUACUCAGCAACAGUAUUUGAUAAAAUGGCACCAGUCUGAUCUGUUUUAUCCAAGUGAUUGUACUGACCUAAUUUUUUGAAGACCUGAGGCCAAAUUUGUCGGUCAAAUAUGUGAAUGAAAAGUGGGUGUAAACUCUUAAUACAUGCAAUGAUCUUAACAGUUAAUAAUAAUGUCUAAUCACUGUAUAAUACAAAUGAUCACUGUUAGAAAUAGGCUUCAGUAUUCCUCAUUUGACAGUCUCUUCAUCAUUAAAGCUAAUCUUUAACCCCA